AUUCAAUCUCAGACAUAUGCCCAGUUUAUCUCUAAAAGACAUAUCCCAGUGAGAUGGACCGGGUUUCAAAGGGAAACACACUCAGGAAGAAUGGCAGACCGACCUCCUGCGAGCCGUGUCGUAUAUCAAAGAUAAGAUGUGACCAUAGAAGGCCCAUAUGUAGAAGGUGUGAGACACGAGGCCUCAGCACAAAGUGUUUUUAUCAUCCAGCUCCUAUGACCAAAUCGAAUAAGCAUCCUAAACGUAAUCCACACAAGCACGCCGAGGAUAAACAAUUUUCUACCCAUCAAGUUCCAAGCAAAUCUGUUCCCAGUAACCUUGCAGAGGUCGCCACACAUGGCACAGCACGGAGUACUUAUCUAGGGUCAACAAGCUUCUUGUCGGUCUUUCACGAAAAGCAACCUCCUAAUCCUGUACCGCCAUUACCAGUCGUUCGGGGGCGAUGGAGCUGUGAUCAUGCGCUUGUGGAAUCGCGCCUUGUUCAACUACUGUCUGCUCUUGGGCUCUGUGAAGAGCUGCUUAUUAGUCAUUAUGAGCAUUGCCAUUUCACUGUCAUCCCGUUGCAGCUUGUGCUGCAGCCUCUUAGAAUGGCCCGGGCCUACUUGAAGACAGGCAGUUUGGCAAAAGAUAUGCAGAAAGGAGAACUUUAUUCUAAAAUUACACAGAAUACAGCAAGACCGUUCUCCGGGUUGCAUAUUUCUCUAAGCUUGGGGGACUUUUACACCCUAUUCACAGGUGCAAACUUAAGAUGGGAGUUCAUCGGCAUCAUAUUUUCCUGCGCAGGCUUAGGCGCACUAUCUGGUAAGGCCUCUCAGACAAAAUUGUUCAAAAUAAAAGAUCAAGAGCAGAUGACUGCCGACGCCAUUGCAGAAGAAAUGACAGCAGCGAGUAACGCGUGCAUUGAAAUCUGCAAACAACAUGAGAAUGUGAAUGACUUAAUGAUAUGGCUAUAUACAUUGCAUUUUAUGCUUGCGUCUGAUGUUUACGGAGAAACAAGCCAUCGAACCUACUCCUUAAUUGGGGAUUUGGUGUCCCAUGUUCAUGCUUUGGGCCUACAUCGCUCGUCCCAUAGCGACGUACCAUUCUUCAUCUCAGAGACUCGGAAGAGGCUUUUCGUUGCCUGCUUUCGCGCCGACAAGAACCUGGCAACCCUCUUUGGCCGGCCUCCUCGCCUCCCGUACCGUUACUGUGAUGUCAGUCUUCCAUUAGACGUUGAUGAUAACUCAAUACUUCAGCAUGAUUCUCCUGACCAACUCCUGCAUCAACUGAGACUUGACGGGUGGAAUGUGUUAGGCGCUUCUAAUGGUAGAUUUCGCCAGGCAACUUUUCUUAGAGUGCGCUUUAUGAUAUCUGUACUUCGUGAACAAACUCUAGAGCUGUCAUUGGGGCAAAAAUCAUCGAAAUUUACCGAGGAACUCCGAAUAACCUACCAGCAGUGCAUACAGCUGUGGGAACAAAUCCCCCAACAGUACCACUACAGAGCAGAUUGCUGGGAAUUUCUAAGUCCCAGCACAUGUGUUGCAAUUGUACUCGCCUAUUUCGAAUACCUUUAUACAGUAUUUCAGGUGGAGCGAAUCCGCUCUCGCGAGAACCAAGACGAUACAAAAGGUCUCCUCGACACAUCAAUGAAAGUGAUAUCUGUAGCCAACGAUCUCAUGAAACAUCGCGAGCAGGCAGGCAGUGUCCUCAGAAGUCCCUUUUUGUGGAUCUUCCUUUUCAAUGGCCUGCCCAUAGCGGGCGCUCUUGCUACCGAAGUGCAUCGUUGCACGAUCGCCGAGAUCCCCAUUUCCUGCUCCGCCUCCCGCUCCGAGAUCAUUCGGAAACUAAGCGUCUUCGUGUCAUGGCUUGGGAGCGCUGAUCCUUCUAUCAGCCACACACACCGAAUGUGCGUGGAGCUCAACAAAGGAAUAACGAAAUUGCUGGACGACACCUUGAAUUAUCUGCCUUCGUCAUGUUCGAACCGAUCGGAGGAGCAAAUAUUAGAUCUCGAUCAUGGUGGUGGGUCAACGGAAGAACGCUCUUGCGAUGUGGUGUCUCCAUGGGAAAAUACUCGGCAGGAUCUAUUGGAUCUACCGGAUCUGGCCACUUUUGGCUCUAGUACUGACUUCCUGAGCUGGUUUGAUGAUCUGGGAUUUGAGACUAGUCUUCCUGAAUUCCUUCUAUAGUCUCAUUGUUAGACCUGUUUUAAAGCCCAGCUAUGACGAAUUUUAUGCAACAGAGCUUACGUAUGUGCCACAUAGGCAUACUCCAUCGCCAAUACCUCAAAGCCAAAGCAUACAACUAAUGCAGCAUAUGUGUUGGGGGGAGGG